UGUUCCUCCCAAGCGCUUCUGCCCCGCCCCUGUUCAGCUGUUCAAGCUGGGGUUCUCUUGCAUAACGUUGUUUCCAGUGAAGAAGGUGCCCCAAGGAUCUGAUAUCAUCUUCUGUGGAUAACCUCACAAUGUUCGAAUUCGCAAAGUCCGCUAUAUCAGGAGCGCUCACGUCGAAAGGGCCGGCUCUCCCCUUUUCAGUCGGGGAGCCCGUUCACUUUGCCCCGCUGUGGACAAUUCAUGACGGUGUCAAGAAGGAUGACCGCUCGCCCGUCAGUGUGUUCGUCUUCGACAUUCAGAGGAACAGGGAUAAACUGCCGCUAGCGAGGAACGCGCUGAAGAAGUGCCGGACGAUACGGCAUCCCGACCUAUUGAAAGUGUACGAGGGGGUGGAGACAGAAACGAAGAUCAUCAUAGGGACGGAGCACGUCACACCUCUGAAUGUGCACAAUCCGCUGAGAUCGCUGAAUCCCAAUCUGAUUGCUUGGGGACUAUAUAAAGUGGCCUGGGCAUUGAAGUUCCUGAACGGCGACUGCAAAAUGAUCCAUGGCAACUUGCGCGUGGACUCGAUAUUCACGACGAAAGCGGGAGAAUGGAAGGUCGGAGGUCUAGAUCUGCUGAGCAACCUGGAGAAGGAGGACAAUCCCGUCCUUCUAUCGUACGGCGGCCAUAUGCCAGAUUCGCAUCGUUACGCGCCUCCCGAAGUGAGGCGGUCUUCGUGGUCCGCUUGCAGAACGCUUCCGCCACAUGCAGUCGAUUCAUGGGCAUUCGGAUGUCUGGUGCAUGAGAUCUUCAAUGGUGUCUUCUCGCGACCGGAGGAUCUGGGGGCAAAAGAGAACAUCCCAUCGGAACUGUACCCGCUCUUCAAAUCUUUCCUGUCGCCUGACCCAACGGCUCGAAUGACGAUGGCCGACUUCCUGGAGAAGGGGUUAUGGAAACAGGGAUAUCUUGACAAGGAUUUCAUAUCCGUGACGCUUUUCCUGGAACAGAUUGCGAUCAAGGAUGCAUUUGAGAAAGACCAAUUCCUGAAGAAGAUCGACAUGUCCCUCGACACCUUCCCCACCGAAUUCUGCAAAUACAAGAUCCUCCCCGAACUAAUCAAAGCCCUCGAGUUCGGCGGCGCAGGCGCCAAGGCUCUCGGCCCGAUCCUCAAACUGGGCGGCAAGCUGGAACAGGAGGAGUUCGACAGUGCGGUGGUCCCUAUCAUUGUCAAGCUGUUUGCGUCGACGGACCGCGCGAUCCGUGUUAGUUUGUGUGAGGGGUUGCCGAGCUUUGUGAAUAAUCUGAAUGCGAAGAUUGUCACGGAGAAGAUCUUUCCGAACCUUGCUAUGGGGUUUAUGGAUACGAGCGCCGUAAUACGAGAGCAAACCCUGAAGUCGGUCCUCGUUGUCAUCCCGAAGCUAAGCGAAAAAAUCAUCAACAACGACUUGUUGCGAUACCUAGCCAAGCUUCAACAGGACGAGGAGCCGGGUAUCCGCACGAACACCACCAUCUGUCUAGGAAAGAUCAGCAAAAACCUGAACGAAGCGACCAAGAAGAAAGUCCUAGUCCCGGCGUUCUUGCGGAGUCUUAGCGACCCAUUCCCUCCAUCACGGACAGCUGGUCUAGCUGCAUUAGCAGCAACCAUUGAGUCGUAUACGCCGCAGGAUUCUUCGCAGCGCAUAAUACCUGCGAUAUCCUUACUCCUGCUCGACCCUGAGCGGUCUGUCCGGAAGCAGGCGUUCAACGAUAUGGAGUUGUUUGUGAAGAAGCUUGAGAAGAUUGCGGAUUCUAUGCCAGAAACCGCAACACCAGCAGCAACAGAGGCACCCGGCACCCAACCAGCCGCCGCCGGGUCAGAGGGUUGGGCCGGAUGGGCCAUGUCCGCAGUCUCCAGCAAGCUCACGGCCUCCGUCACACCCAGCGGGUCAAAUCCCGAUCUAAAAGCGGCCAGUGGGACGGGAACACCUCCAUCACAAAGUUCAAGACCGUCGGCUGCCACGCCGGCAUUGGUUCCGGAAAGUAUUAAUAGACCCGCGCCGAUGGUCAGCGCCGCUAUGGCGCCUCUUGUACCUACCGCGACCGCGACGCCGGCGUCUAAUGGGUGGGAUACUGCUACGGAUGGGUGGGGUUGGGGCGCAGAUCCGAUCCUCCCAUCCUCCACACCCCAAAAAGCACCCUCAUCCUUCGGCUUCACAGCCGCCCAACCCUUCAGCGCAUCUCAACCAAUCACGAAACCCACCGACAACUGGGCAACAUUCCCACCACCAUCAUCAUCUGUCCCAAGCCCAGGCGGGAUGGUACUCCAACCCACAAAAGCCUGGGAAACCGAUGGGUGGGGCGCAGAUGGGUGGGAUAUAGAUGCACCGGUUGCGGCGCCUGCGAUAGCGUCUCCGGCGUUGGGAGGAAAGUUUAUGACGGAGGAGGAGAAGGAGAGGCGGCGGCAGGUACGUGGGGUUUCAUGUUCAUGGUUGGAGGUUAAUCACUUAUACUGAUGUUCUUGAAGAAACUGGAAGAACAGCGCGAGGCGCGCAAAUCCAAGUUGGGUGCCCGCAAGAUUUGAGCUUAUUUACUUUGGUU